AUUGUACUGAUCAAAUUAAGUGUACCUGUUACAUAUUAUUACUAGGUAAGUAUUAUAUAUUAUAAAGGAACAUCUUUGUCAAUUCAUAGAACAAUACACAUUUCAAUACAAUUAUUAUUCGUAGGAAGGUAAAAAAUGUCUAGUUAUUUAUGAAUUAUUACUGAAAAAAAAGAAUUACUUUAAAAUUUGGGGAGAGAUAUAUAGCUCAUUCAUCUUAGGAUGAUAAUAAUGCUAUUGAGGCGCUCAUAUCAAGCGUUUGAAUUUCAAACCACAUCCCUCUUAUAAUCUCUUUAUAUUUCAAUAAGAAAAUCAUAAACACUAAAAUGCAUACAAUCAUUGAAUCAUACAUGAUUAACUAAUAAGUGUCAUAUACCUACUCAAUCCCAUCCACAACAUGCACUCAUAGUUUAUACACACAAUUAAUAUAGAAUCAAAUGCAAUAUUCUCAGUUCUCACAUGCUCUAGUAGUCUAGUACACACAAACAAGUACAGUGUAAAUAAACAAGCUUCAAACACAAAAUACAAAUGAAAGAAAAUGCCUUAAACGAAAUUAUAUUUUAGAUACUAACACAGUAAGCCGGCAGAGCCACAACAAAUCUCGACAUAAAAAGUCUUCAGACCUGCUCUCCGAUCUACACAUUUAGUUUGCAUUCGAUAUUAUACAUUUAAAACUUUUAGUCAACUAAGCAUUUUUAGUUGAACUAUUUUUAAUAUGGAAAUUGGUAUUAUAUUGAAAAAAUUAUAAAUUAAUUAUUAUCUCAGCCUAUUUGUGUCAUUGGCAAUAAAAAAAGGCUUACAUACGAAUUUAAGGAGCUAUACUGUUAAUUCUACUUUAAAUUUUAAUGUACUAUUCGUAAGGCCCAUCAAUAUAUAUUACACAACUUGUAGUUGCUAAAAAAAUUAACUGUUAGUUAAUCGUGCGAUGCUAAAAUUAUGCAUAAAACUAUUUCUUUUUUCCAUAUAGAUACAAGUUAAAUAAUAUUUUAAAUCACGAUUGUUUCGCUACUCUAUAAUGAUGUUUUGAAUAAAGUGCAAUAAGUACUUAUCAUUAACCUGUAAAUUGUUAAUGUUUAUCGCAUAUUGUACCCACAGAUCGAGGAUAGGGGUUGCAAAUGCUGCAGUAGAUAAUUGAUUCACGAAUCAAUUAGAUUAAAGAAUGUUGAAAAAUGCCGUUACUUACAUUUCAAAUACAGUACUGCCACUACGACAUUACGAAUUACUGCGACUACAUUUUGGAACCCCUACCUAGGUACCUCACCAUCAACUUUGAGUUGACGAAUGCGUUCCUUGAUUAAAACACAUGCUCACAUUGGCUAGACGGAACCACCUCCAUGUGUUUUGCGCCGGAACAACGAUUUUUGCAAUUCCACAUUCUACGGAAGCGAAAGGCGUUUACUUAAUUUUAUAUUUUUCUCGUCCGUUCGGCGUUUGUUGAUACUCAACAUUUCCGUUAUUACAGUUCUCCGAGAUGAAGAACGUCUAUGGAAUCCUCCUGCUGUGCAUCCACCUCGCUUAUUCUCAAAGGACACCAAUGAUAUCGCAUAUUACGCAACAACGUAUAACAGAUAUUGGCGAUACGACUGAAUUGACAUGCACAGUUUUAUAUGCUUCUGAUUUCAAUAUUUUGUGGACUAAGAUUGACAAAGAAAGAUCUACUGAUCCUGUUACGUUUUCAUCUGGAAGUACACUUAUCAUCAGGGAUUCAAGAUUAUCAUUGAGAUAUGAUAUGCAUAGCAAUAGUUACUCAUUACAGAUUAUUGAAAUCCAAGAAACUGAUGCCGGUUUCUAUCGCUGUGAUGUCAAUCUUGGGAUGAACAACAAAUUAUCAGCUGAAACCGAGUUAGUAGUACGGAGGCGCCCAUUUAUUUCUGACAACUCAACUAGAUCGUUGAUUGUAAACGAAGGUCAACCAGUAAAACUAGAAUGCUAUGCUGGUGGAUACCCUAGUCCAAAAGUUUCCUGGAGGCGAGCAAACAAUGCAAUUCUAUUUAAUAAUAUUUCAAUAUAUCGAGGAAACAUUUUAAAAAUUGAUUCUAUUACAAAAGAGGAUCGAGGAACGUAUUUCUGUGUUGCUGAAAAUGGUGUUGGUAAAGGUGCUAGGCGUAAUAUUGCCAUAGAGGUCGAAUUUGCUCCAGUCAUAACAAUUCCUAAACGUCACUUGGGACAAGCUUUACAGUAUGACAUGGAUCUCGAGUGCCAUGUUGAGGCAUAUCCUCCACCAGCUAUAAUUUGGUUAAAUAAUGGAGUACAACUAACCAAUAAUCAACAUUACAGAAUAUCACAUUUUGCUACCACAGAUGAAACAACAGAUACUACAAUACGAAUCAUCACAAUUGAAAACCGUCAGUACGGAGAUUAUGUCUGCAAAGCAUCAAAUGUAUUAGGAACUACUGAAGUCACAGUUACUCUUUAUGAAACUAUCAUACCAGUGUGCCCGCCAGCCUGUGGCGAACUAUCAUCAUUGCACUUAAAAAACUCCUCUAUCAAAAUGACUAGUGCUUAUGUUCCUUUCUUGAUUGCUAUUUAUUUAUUUUUUGUGUACUCCAACUUUUAAAUUAUCAUACCAUUUAUAAAAAAAUGUAUUAAUGAGUUACGAACAUUAUUUUUCCUCUAAUUUUCCAUACAUAUAUUUUGUUACCAUUUUUGAUUUUAGAUUAUACAAAUGUCCAAAAUGUAUUUUAUACAACUGUUAUUUGUGCUUUUAUUAAAUUAAAUUUCUUAGUAUUAAAAAAUUAAAUCAAAAUGUUAAGCAUCAAGACUGCAGUUCUAAAUAUUAUAUGUAGGUUGGAAACCCUGUAGAUAAAUAUUACUUACUAUUUGUAUAUAUGACUAUGCACUAUGAAUAUAAUAUUAUACUUUAAUGCUUAUA